CAUGUCUAAGGACUAAAUUACCCCCUACUAAUGCAAGUGUGAAACGUUUCGAUCAAGCUACGAUAACUGCUUAGCAGUUUGCAGGCAUUCAUUACUAUUGUUUCUUUUGAUUAAAUUAAUUUUCAAAGCCAUAUAAUUGUUAUUAAAUUUUCAAUGAUUACCAUUAUAUUGUACCUAGAUUGCGCAUGAACUUAUCUAGAUCAAUACAUCGCUCAUUUUGUUAGAAUUUCAAAAGCAUAAUUUUUUGAAUUCUGUAGCCUACUAGCCUAGUACCGUAGUACGAUUCUACUAACUGUUCAUAGGCCACUUGAUUUUCCUUCAUCAUGGAAGCUUCUUCAAUGUUUGAUACGUCUGCUUAUUAUAAUGAUGUAGGUUCACUAGGUUGUAUUAAUUUUGAUGAACUACCAACAAAUAUGAUCAUACCAGAUUAUCUCGGCGCUGAUGAUCCUUGUAACAACAAAUCCAAAGACAUCUUUGAGCCAGGCACUGGAUCUGAUGAUCCUUAUUUCAAUGCUGGAAUUGUCAGCACCUCUGAUUCAAGCCCUAUUUUAGUAUUUGAUAACCUUGAUAACCUUACUGAUGCUGAUAGUCCAUUUGAUGAAAACUUUAUCAAUGAUAUGUACCAGUAUCAAGAAGAUAAGAAAACCUGUUCCUCAGCUGAGCUUAUCAAUGAUGUAUUUUUAAGUGUUAAACCUUUGAUUAAUUUGGCUUUGGGAAGUUCUGGUGAAAGUUCAAGCCCAUUGCUCAGCCACCCUGAUCAGUCCAGUGAUGGAACUGACUUUGAAAUGUUUAGUCUGAGUGUUGGUGACUCUAAAUCAGAACUAAGUUUGCAAGAAGAUUUACAUAAUGAUCUUGAAUACUCCUCUGAUAAUGAAGAUUCUUUUCUCUCUUGUGAGAUUUCCCAGUCAGGUUUUGUUUCAAAUAGUGAUAGUGUGUGUGUUCAGAAUACUACAAAUUCUGAUAAAAAAGAAGCCUCAAUUACACAAAAUUUAUCUGAACUAACAACAGCAAAUAUGGUGGCUCCUCUCCAUCUUCCUGUUUGCUGCAAAACAGCAAAAUCACCUGAGCAACCAAAGUUUGUGGAGCUGCCUAAGUUGACCAUGAAUGGGGUUUAUGUUAAUCCCAGUUGUGGAAGAGGGAAAACAAUGCAUAGUUUUGGCGCAUGUAAUCCAGCCACAUGUACACGAAAAUCAACACUUAAUCUUCCAAGAAUAGCUAAUUGCGAAGAAAUUGGUGCAACUGCAAACUUUAAUAGCAAUGAAAGCAUAGUUACAAGUAUUAGUGACAAUCAUGUUCAUAGCCUCAUUCUAUCAUCUUCUCAAGUUGAAGUUAGUAAAGAAGAUAAUAUUUUAUUAGAAGAAUCUCAAUCAGAGCUUCAUCAAGACAGCCCAACUGAAAUUUUAAAUACUACCACAAAUUUCAAAUCACUUAUCAGUUCAGAUGAUAAGUAUUCUACUAAGAAAGUUCCUAAACUAAUCACUUCCAAGCCCAGAAGAAUCAUCACUGUUAAGAAGAGUGAGGUUUUUGAUAUUCCCAAACCCAAGUCUUCUAAGAGAAAACUAGAAGAACUACCAUUUUGGUCUAUGAAGUCUAGGAACUCAAGUGGUUCCCUGAGCCGAAAAGCCUCAAAAUGCAAAGCCUACCAGCUGGAUCCACUCCCUGACCCCAAGUUGGAGAGAUGUCGCCGCAAUGCCAUCAAUGCCAAGAAGAAUCGAGAUGCCAAGAAGGAACUGAUUCACUCACUGCAACAAAAUUUAAUUUCAAGUGAAAGUGAGAAUAAAUCUUUGAGGCAAAGGCUGGAAAUUCUUGAAUCUAAAGUUGAAUUGUUGUUGGUUGAUCGUGAGCACCUUGUGAAUACCAAUAAUGUGAAUACAAAGCUUCUGCAGAAGUUGAAACAAGAAAAUGACUGUCUGCAUCAGAGACUGCAAAUGCACUGUGACUGAUCAGGGCAGGUGUGGUGGUGGAGCUCCAAUGGCUGUGGUGGAGGGAAGCAUUGGUAGCAGUCAGGUGAGGCUACAAGAAAAUCUGAUCUUCUGGUGAAUUUACUCCUCACUGCCAUGUGACUAGUAAUAUUAUCAGUUGAUUUAGACAUCUAUGACUUGUGAGAAACAUUUAACAUUCUUUCCUAGUAUUGAAAUUGAUAGUUUUACAUAAAUCUAAUUACUUUCUUUUCUUGUCAUUCUGAUACAUUUUCAGCUUUCUUUAAUUUUUUUAAACAAUUACAUGAAUACACUUUUUCUUGUUUUCCGGUAUUCAAUAUUGUAACCAAAUGAAGUUAUUCUUAUUCUAUUUGUCCAUAAAAAAUUUCAUUUGUGACUAUUUUACAAAUGUUGCAAAAAAAUAUACCUAGUUGGUUCAUGCCAACAACAAAUAGGUAUAAUUGCAACCAAAUUUUCAGUCUAGCUCUGCUGGCUUCAAUGAGUAAUAAUACCAUGAAGCUAUUUGACCCAUUUUAACUGAGCACUGCUCAAUUAGUGGGCAAUGUUUCUGAGAAGUCAUAGAUGUUAAAGAGGUUAUGUGUCAUGCUGGUCUUGCUUCAGUCUUCCCUCCUCCACUUGCUCUAUUACCUGGUACUUGGCUGCUGAGCUGCCUUCAACAGUGGUCAUCCACUCUUUGUUGCUCCACUGCCUCGCUAUCUUGGCAGUGCAGAAACAGUGUCUUCACCAUACAAGCUCUGCACGGUUUUGUUCCAGAGGCCCCACUCCGAAGCUGUUCAUGUCUUGCAUCUUGUUAGUAUUGUAAACGCUCUCUAGUUUAAGUAAAUAUUAAUAUCACGGACCUAAUUUUAAGAUUUUGUAAACUUUUUUUUUUUUCUUGUCUUUUAAGAUUUUUGAAAAGCACCACUGGCUAGCUCCAAUAGGUAGGAUGUACCCUGUAGGUCACAAGUUUUGACGCUUACUGGGUUCAUUACUCCAUACAAACAUUUUUAUCGAUUUGUGAAUUAGAAAGAAUUUCAUGUUGAUUACGCAUAAGGCAUUAUUUGAUUGUAUAUAAAUUUUCUUAUUUCGGGUGAUCGAACCAUCUUUCAGUUUUUCAGCUGAUAUUUUAUCGAAGGCUAUUGCUUGUAAUCAUUGUAUAUAAUAUAAAAAGCGUUCUUUAGUUGAUAAAUAUAUCCUUGUCGCAUUU